AUGUUGGCUACAACGAUCACAGUGGUGCUGAUCUAUUUUAUGGUGCAAAGCUCUGGCGCCUUGGCCCUCGGAACAGCGUGCUGGGAUGAACGCCUAUCACGAGCAGGGAGAAACAGCAGCUGCGUGGCUUCACAGCCCUUCCUGAUAUUUGGUCAUGGUAAAGCCAUUCAUCGGAUGGACCUCGAUGGGAAGAACCAGAGGCGGGUUGUGGCUGGAGUGGGAAGCUCUAUCCUGCUCGACUUUCAUUUCAGAGAGGAGGGAGUUUAUUGGGCUGACAAACACACUGGGGUCAUCUACAAAGCAUCAGUGAGAGGAGCACAGAAACAGAAAUUAUACUCAUCGGACAAACACAUUUCAGGCCUUGCAGUGGACUGGAUUUGGAACAGUGUAUAUUGGACAAGUCAAGAAAAGGGAAAAAUCAAGAGAAUGGAUUUAAAUGGGAAAAAUGAGAGAACUCUUUUAAGGCACUUGACACAGCCAAGUUCUAUAGUUGUUGACCCCGCUAACAGGUUCCUUUUUUGGCUUUCUGGUGGGAUGACUCAGAGUAUCCAACGGUCUGAUGUGACAGGACAGAUGAAAACUAUGCUUAUCAAAAUAGCAGGGCAACUGAAAGCACUGUCGAUUGACCGAGAGGACGAAAGACUGUUCUGGGUACAGUUUGGUCUACAAGGAGAAAGUGCCAUUGCCUCUUGUGAUUACAACGGAAACACCCUUCACGUCAUAGAUCAGCCACUUCGAUCUCAGAUACUGUGGAUAUCGAUUUUUCAGGAGCAUUUAUACUACACUGAUGCUACAUCUCGAGUUAUAAAACAAGUAAACAAGUACACUGGCGGAGAGCCACUGGAUGUCAACAUUAAACAAAUGGCAAAAUCCCCAGUUGAUAUCAAGGUGGUACAUCCCCUCAACCAGCCAUUGGCAGACUCCCUAUCAUCAUUUCCAGGUUGUGACCAACAGAGUGGAAAGUGCGUGAAUGUAUGCUCCAAUCUAGCUGAGCAAGGGGUUUGCCAGUGCAGUGAAGGCUUUGCUCUCAGUAAGCACGGCACUUACUGUGAAGAUGUAAAUGAAUGUUCCCAUUGGAACCAUGGAUGCUCUCUCGGUUGUGAAAACAUCCCAGGCUCCUAUUUCUGUACCUGUCCUAAAGGAUAUGCCCUUCUGCCAGACAGGAAGACAUGUCGAGAGAUCAUACCAUGUGAAGGCAAUAUGACUAAGUGCGGCCAUGGAUGUCUGAGAACAGAUGAGGGUGACAUAUGUGUGUGCCCUGAGGGAUCUGUACUACAGGAGGACGGACAAGCCUGUACUGGCUGCUCAUCUGCAGACACAGGGGGUUGCAGUCAGCUCUGUACGCCUGUCACCCCUAGUAGGUGGCAAUGUAGUUGUCUGCCUGGCUACCAGCUCCAUCAGGAUGGCAAGCGCUGCAUUGCUUCUGGACCACCACCCUAUCUGCUGGUUGCUAAUUUAGUCGAUGUACGAAGAGUUAAUCCUGAUGGCACUGGGGAUCAAACCCUGGUGGAGGAGCCCAGAGGAACAAUCAUAGCUUUGGACUAUGACCCGGUGCAGAACAAUGUGUACUUUGCUAGUACAAGCCAAAAGACAAUUGAGCGGAUUGAUUUGAACGGUGGGUCCAGAGACAUUGUUGUCUCUGAAGAUCUGAACUCUCCAGAGGGACUGGCGAUUGACUGGGUCCACCGCAGGAUGUACUGGACUGAUACAAGCCAGUCAACUAUUGACUGCAGUGCCCUGGGUGGUCUCAACAGAGAAACUAUAGUGAGCAGAGGUCUGGAAAAACCCAGAGGAAUCGCAGUUCAUCCUCUGGCAAAGAAGUUGUUCUGGACUGAUAUUGGUGCCCAGCCUGUGGUGGAAAGCGCAUCUUUGGAAGGGAAAGUUCGUACUGUCAUUGCGAGCACCAACCUUGUGUCACCGAGCGGCCUGGCCAUCGAUUUCACAGAGGAUCGUCUGUUCUGGUGUGACCAGCAGAGGGGUCUGGUAGAGACUGCUGCCCUGGACGGCUCAGACCGACGGAUCCUGUUAGAGAACCAAGUAGGUCGACCGUUUGACCUUGCCGUAUUUGAAGACAGGCUCUGGAUCUCCGAUCGGGAGCACCAGCAGCUGAGGAGCGUACACAAGCGGACUGGGAAGAAACUGCAGCGUAUCCAUGGCAACAUGGUCCAACCAGCAUCCAUUGUGGUGGUUCAUCCCCUCGCUAAACCAGGGGCAGACGUUUGCCUUCAUCUGAACGGAGGUUGUGCCCAGGUGUGCGAAAGCAAACUGGGAUUUGCCCACUGCUCCUGUCUGUCACGCUACAGCCUAUCAGCUGACGGAAAAAGCUGCUUGCCUACUGAUGUUUCAAAUGGAACAGCAGAAUCUGGAGACAGUGAAUCGACUGAUUUAACAUCUCUCAAAGGCAGUGAGCCGGCUCUCCACACAGAUAAGAUGGUCUCAGACCAGAAUGAGUGUUACUCACUCCGCUGUGAUGUGAAUGCACAGUGCCUGCUUCAUGCUGGCAGCCCGAUCUGUUCAUGUCUAGAAGGUUUUACAGGUGAUGGACAGUUGUGUGUGGAUAUUGAUGAGUGUAGACUGGGAACACACAACUGUAACACAAAUGCAGAAUGCCAAAAUACCUUGGGGAAAUAUCUCUGCAAAUGCCAGGCUGGAUACCACAGUAACGGGCAAACAUGUCAAGAGUUGGAAACCACAUCAACAACCAGUAGUCCUGCUGAUGUCACCACCCGGCACCACAACAGUAACUUAGUAGAGAGCUGCCCCUCCACCCACGAGUCUUACUGCCUGUACCAGGGUGUCUGCUUCUACUUUCCGGAAAUGGAGUCCUAUGCCUGCAAUUGUGUAUCAGGCUACAUGGGGGAGCGCUGUCAGUUCAGUGACCUGGAGUGGUGGGAGCUUCAGCAGGCCGAGGAGGAGAAGAGGAGAAACGUGGUCAUCGCGGCCUGCAUGGUGGUCCUCAUCUCCCUGCUCUCCAUCGCUGCCUGUGUCACCUAUUGCUACAGAACUAGAAAAUUCUUCCACAAACAGCACUCAGUGGAUAAUGUAAGUGAGACCAGUGUGACCAGUGAGAGCAUGUCAGAAACUACCACUACCAGUGUGCCUCGGUUCUACGUGCUGGUAGAAAAUGGAGUGGAAGGAAAAAUCAUCCCUGCCAUGGGCUGUCCCAGGAGAGCUGUGUGUCCAUCAUGCUCUUCAGAGACAGGUGACAACCAUGCGUCUGAAGAGUCAGAAACAUUGUCCAAACACAACAGAGGGUACGAGUGUUCCAUGGUGUCGGCUAUCGCCAUGGAGAUCACCAAACCCACUGUCCAACACACAAGCCCAUCGCUGUCAAGCUCAUAUUCCUGUACAUCUUUCAAGCCAACACCACUCUCCCAGACUACCAGCCCCGAGUCACCUGCUUCCUAG